UAAAUAAUAUGUUUUAAUUUUUUCUUAUUCCCAUAAUUUUUUUUUCGUAAAAUCGCCGUAAAAACUAUAAUUUGAAAAAAAAAACACUCUAAAAAAUUUAAUUUUUCGAUUUUCUACAGCCAAAAAACGAGGGAACCGCGAAAGUAUACAAUUUAUUUGACGUAUUACUGUUGUAUACAUUUAUUCACGUCCCUUAAUUUAAAAUUCUAAUCUGACUGUUUAUUUCAUAAUAAUUAAAUAAAUACGUGAACGUUUAAUGAAUAUUUUAUGACAAUAAAUAUUAAUCUCAACGGAAAAUCCUUUAAAAAAAAUGUUGUGUAAUACUUAAUGAAUUAUCAAUUUCACAUCACAAGCACACAAAAGUAUUUGCUAUUCAUUACAGAUAAUUAUUCCAAAAAAGACGAUUAUCUACGAGAUAGUACGAAAGUUGGUUUUUAUCAUCCCAUCUGCAACUAGGCAACCAUUAAUACUAAUACAGGACCGAGUCCUAACGUACGGUAAAGAAGAAAAAGAAGAAGAAAAAAGAUUCCAAAUAAUGAGAUUUAAAAAUACAAUAUUUUCAACGAAUGUCACAAAUUUAUCUAAAAAUAUUUUAGUUUUAAUUUAUAGAUAUAUGGAGAUUCUAUACACUUGAAUUGAAGAGUAAAAAGAAAGUGAAUGGAAAGUUAUUUUUUAUUUGAUCCAAAUUGCAACCCUAGUUACGUAAGAAGUGAGUAAUUAAAUUUUUUUGGCCUGCGCUGUAUAUUUUUAAGGCGCGUCGACGCUGGCGUCGUUGGCAUCCUUAUCGAUUGUCGCAGCGAUCGAAACCGAGAAAUACCUUCGUUACAUCAAAUAAUAACCUAUAUUUACAAAAAUACUGUAUAGGUUGUCCCAAAAAAGAAGUAUAAUAACCAAUUAUUUUUCGUUAAUUAACAAACACUCUAUAUAUAUAAAAAAGAUCUAAGAUAUGUAUAUUAAUAAAUGUCAUAUUAUUAAUAUAAUUUGGUUAAGAAAAUCUCACGUCAAAUAAUGACAGUGAUUCGUUAACAGAUCAUUAUAUCAAAAAUUUAACCCCAUUUCCAUAUUUUUUUUUCUUCAAUUAAUUAUUCUUUCAUUUGAAUAUGAGCAAAAUUGAUUCAAGUACAAAUACAACGAAAACCGAUGAAACUAAUAUAGAAAGUAACGAAGAAGAAGUUAAUGAAGACGAAGUAGAACCGGACGUUUAUGAAAAACAACUUUGUAUAAGAGAUUUACCGAUAACUGAAGGAUGUUUUGAAUCGCCUAUCGAUAUCAAUUUAAAAAAUACCAAAGUCGUCAUUUUACCCCCAUUAGUUUGGGUAAAUUUCGAAAAUCCACCUAAAAAGACAAAAAUAACAAAUACGGGACAAACCAUAAUUUUCAGUGCGAAAUGGAAAGAAGAACGUCCUUAUAUUACGAACGGUCCUUUCGUGGGAAAUUACGUAUUUUCCAAUUUUCAUCUUCAUUGGGGAUGUAGCGCGAUGGAAGGUAGCGAACAUACGAUGGACGGUUGUAAAUAUCCUGUUGAAUUGCACGCGAUUUUUUUCAAAAGUUGUUAUUUGACUCAAGAAUCGGCUUUAAAAGAACAAGACGGUAUUGCCGCUUUAGUAUAUUUAUUCAAGAUUCAAGAUGAUAUUAAUCCCGGUUUUCAAAUAAUAAUCGAUUCUUUGAAAGACAUCGCCACCGCCGGUAAUUCGAAAAAAAUCGAAAAUAUCGUUGUAACUAGACUGUUUAAGGAAUUUAGGGACGAUUAUUUUUUGUAUUGGGGAUCGGUUAGUACGGAAAAAUGCAUCCAUUACGUAUUAUGGUUAAUUACAAGGAUACCUAUAGGUUUAUCCAUAGAUCAGAUCGACGCUCUUAGAUAUAUAUUCGACGAAAACGGGGAACCUUUAUUGCGAAAUUAUCGCGACGUUCAAGAUUCGAAUAACAGAAGUGUUUUCCACGUUUCUCCUUCGACUUCCUUAUAUUCAUCUCUGUUACCUUUACCUGAACACGAAGUGGUACAAAUAUACUGAUUCGGAGAAAAAAACAACUUGAUAAAAUAAUUUUUAUUAUUGUAUUACAAAGAAAAUAUACGAUGAAAGAUAA